UUUCUUAUUGAGCUGAUUAUGUUGCACAGCUAUAAACAAAGAGAGAUUUCAGAACAACAAUGCACACGUAUCUUUCUUUGGGAAAAGCAGUCACCGUUGUGGGCUUCUUCUAAUAGUUGCUAUGGGUGUUGGUUGCAUUCUGAGAGUGUCUUGGGUCUGCUUGUUGCUCUUUGGUGGCAGUCUUGCUGCAUCAAUGAAGGGGUACAACAAUCCCUAUACCGAUGCCAGCCGUGGACUUGGGGGUUUUCAAGAGGAGCAGCUUGUGUUUUCUCCAUCAGAAGUAUUGAGUUCCUAUGGCCAAGCAACAGGCUACGCAGACAGAAGCUACAGAGCCCCAAUAGCACUACAGAUAAACUGGGACUUGUUCAUGCCUCAUGAGCCAAUCACGUUCCCUUUAAACCCAACCUACAAGACUGUGAGAAGGUCUAAUGAUCUGCAUGGCGGAGUAUUCGUUGAGCCUUCUACCCAAUCUUCAAAGCCAGGGAGCUUUGGUUUUCCCAGUUCUGUACCCUCCUUCGACCCUGUCCCCCAUCAUCGGUUCACCGACUCUGAGGUUACGCCCAUCAAUUCGACACUUGAUGCUGACCCAGUAUCUAGCAUAGGAUACGGCCUGCCUCAGCACCUCAGCCUCCAGUUUGACAGAGCAGGUGACGACCAAGGCUAUUCCCCUAACUUUGAGGCCAAGCACCCUUCUUCUGAAAAUGCACAGCUUCCUUCCAAAGAGGUUGGCCCCUCCAACUACAACUCGGACAGUGCUGUCCAGCCAAGCAGUUGGCCGUCUCGACCCUUCGAGAGCAAAGAGGCGCCGGUAUUCUCCAGUGAUUCAGCUCACCGGGCCCAGGCUGCGCCGAUUGAAACCCCUGCCUUUCCCAGCUAUAGGAGCCAUUUUGUCUUGGACUCCACGCCAAGUAAAGGGGCUGCACAACCAGGCCGCUACCGUACGGUUACGCCACAGCUGCCCAGCACCCAUCAGCUUGCGAUGCCAAAGGAGGUGAGCAUGCCGUUCCCAUACACCUACAUUGUUCAAUCCAGAGGUCGCUACGGACGAGGAAGGAAUGUGAACCGCAAGACCAGAUACUACAAGAAGGGCCCUCCACCUGCCUCGUUUGGCCUAAAGAGACAAAGAAGAUGGAAACUCUGAUCCAACGAUCAUGUAUUAUCAUUGCCUGUUGAUGCACUAAAGCUAAUAUUAUAUUCAGCAUUAUUUUUAUGUAUUUUUAUGAUUUGGUUUCAUUAAACUAAAAUCAAAAUGACUUCAUGUUUUAUUCUUUGCUUGGUAUUUCUUUUUCAGAGGGAACUUACUGAACUGACUCCUGAGACUGUAUUUAUUGUGUUUUAAAAUGUUUGAAUGUCAAGCAAUUCAAUGUUGCAGAGUAAGAAGUGCAUACCUUGUGACAUGAACUGGUAAUUAUGGUUUGUAAGGUCAUUCAUGAAGUAGAUAAACACUACUGCACUUCUUGAUUUGUUAGGGUAAAAGUUGUCUGUUAAAUCUAGAGUGAAUAUCUUACUAACUACUUGGUGCAUGAGGCCUUUUGAAGUCAUUGUAAAUGCUGGCUUAUUCUUUCAAACUGUCAAUUGUUGACUAAAUAGUUGGUCAACUUAAUUUAUGCUUUAUAAACCACCUUAAUUUAUUUUUCUUGGUAAUGAAUAUGUAGGAAAAAUGCUUCAUGAAUGAUUCAUUCACUUAACUUUCAAAUGCUUAAGUUGUUUGUAUUGUGCUAGCCAAAAUGUUCUGAUUAAUUGACCACAGUGGGAUGAGGCGUCAUUAUCACCACAUUGCUGUGGUAAAUGUUUGGAUCUGGAUGAUUCAUCUGCUGUCUCGGGAUACUCCAUUUGCUUUAGCUGGGGAGGGUCAAUGGCGUUGACCAGUUUCAAUGGAGUAUCUACUGCAAGUCUUCCCAAUGUGUGGAAUGUCUGAACUACUUUUACAGAUAAGAAUUGACACCAAACUACGUUUAGGUUAUUUUACAUUAAUUGGUUAUACAUAUUGCUUAUUUCAUCAUCUCAU